GGCGGAAGAUUGACUUGAGAGAGAAGCGAAGCAAAUGGAUUCAUUCUCAAGUCCCUCGAGUGGAUCAUCGUCCCAUUUCAACUCUGAGGAUUUCAAAGACCAGCUCAAGACACAGCUCGCUCAGGCCUAUGCCGAAGAAUUCCUCGAGACAGUGAGGGGGAAGUGUUUUGAGAAGUGCAUCACAAAACCGGGGUCAAGCUUAAGUGGAAGCGAAAGCAGUUGCGUCUCUAGGUGUGUGGAGCGAUAUAUUGAGGCCACAGGCAUAAUUAGCAAAGCCUUAUUUUCUGGACCUCGAUAAAAGAGAAGGCACCCUUAAUUAAAAACGAGAAUUGCUCAGUAUGUGGUCAAUACUGAUGUGUAAUCCUUUUCAUAAUUUAUCCUUCACAUUGAGAUUUGAUUA